AAGGUUAAAUCUUGGGUUCAGUUGGCAGCACACGCCAAACAGAGGCAGCCUCACUACUUUUGGUUUGUUCUUGGCAGCUCUAUACGUUGUUUCACAAAACUCAACUCAAAUCCGUUAACAGGCAAAGGGUGCAAAACCCUCUUCGAAAUGGCUUUGGAAAUCUGUUGUAAGGCUGCCGCUGGUGCUCCCGACAUUCUCGGAGACUGUCCUUUCAGCCAAAGGGUUCUUUUAUCUCUGGAGGAAAAGAAAAUUCCAUAUGAGUUGCGCUUGAUCGAUGUUAGCAACAAGCCUCAGUGGUUCUUGGAGGUGAACCCAGAAGGGAAGGUGCCGGUUAUCAAAUUCGAAGAUAAAUGGAUCGCUGAUUCCGAUAUCAUCACCCAGCUUUUGGAGGAAAAAUUCCCUGAACCUCCUCUCUGCCCUCCACCGGAAUUCGCUUCUGUUGGAUCGAAAAUUUUCCCUUCUUUUGUCAAGUUUUUGAAGAGCAAGGAUCCCAGUGAUGGCACUGAACAGGAAUUGCUGAACGCUUUGAGUGACUUGGAGGAGCAUCUCAAAGCCCACGGGCCGUAUAUUAAUGGGGAUAAAGUUACUGCUGUUGAUAUAAGCUUGGCACCUAAACUGUACCAUCUGGAGAUUACUCUUGGUCAUUUCAAAGGAUGGAGUAUCCCUGAACAUUUCACUCAUGUUAAAAACUACACGAAGUUGCUCUUCUCUCGGGAGUCAUUUGAAAAGACCAAGGCUGAAAAGGAACAUGUAGUUGCAGGAUGGGCACCCAAGGUUAAUGCAUGAAGGUCGUCAUUAAUUCCUUGUCUUUGAAUAUAUGCCAUUAGCCUAUUACUGCUAGAUUGGGACUCCAAAGUGAUGAGAGGUGUUCACUUUUCUUAGCAAGUUUGUACCUAAGAUCUAUUAGCUGUCACUCCUGCUAUUAAUAGAAACAAUAAUCUACUAAUCGUUAAUUGCA